UAGAGCGUGCCGCCGGUUUGCAGUCUCGUGCCAGCUCUCGUCGUGAAAGUAUCGCGGUUUAUCCGUCGUUUGUAGAUGUAAUUCAAAUAUUAUAACUACUUUAUUCAAACUCAAUUAACACUUUAAUUGUUGUACUAUAUUUGUAAAUUUAAUUUGAGUGUCAUUCAAGUGAAAAUAAUUCAAGUGAAUUAAUUCAAUGGAGAAUGACGUACGAUGGAGAAGAUGGGCGGGAGGAAAAAAGGGAAAUUUGGUGGAAAAAAAUACGAAUCACGUCAAAGAUAUUAUAAAAAUUUUUAAUAUAAUUCUAUAAAUUCAAAUAAUGUAUAAUUUAAUAAAUAUAAAGUAAAUUUAUAUUUAAAAAAAGAAUAUUAAAGUAAAUUUAAUUAUUUAUAAGUAAAUAAAAUUGAAUAAAUUUGAAUAUAAAGACGACAAUAUAAAUCGGCAAAGCUGAUAAUAAUAGUUAGUUGUGGGCGUAAUCAUGUUCGGUACGAAGUUGCGUACGUGGAUGGAGGCGCAUAUUGUGCGACCAAAGAAAAAAAAAGAUAGAAAGAAAGGUGAAAAAGGUUUUGAUUCAAAUUGCAACUCACCAGGUAGUCAUAGCAACAAUCGAUCGCCAGGACUUCAUCAGGUUUACCCGCUUAACUCACCAGUAAAAAACGUAGACAACAUUAUUUUGAAGAACGGUUCGACGACAACGUACGUAGGCGCAACAACAAAUUCGUCUGGAACUUCAGGUGGAACCGGAAGUGUUAAUUUAUCAUCACCCGAAAGUGCUUAUAGUACCGGGUAUUCGACAGACGGAACAUCGCCAGGAGCCAGUUAUCCACCAGAGUAUUAUAUAAAUAUCAGGACGGGGACGCAUUACUUUCAAAGUAACAAAGGAGGUCGCGUUAACAAGCGACCAGGUGAUACUGCCAGUAUAAUGGUCAACGGUCCGGUAAAUGAGACCCAGAUUGACGAGUGCGUCGAGAAUAUCAGGGUGAAUGGUAACAUUAACAUGACACGAGAGAACAAAAUCAUCAGAGAAUUAAAAACUACUAUUCCCUUUAAGACUGCAGAGGCAGUUAACCAUCUAGUCAACAAGCAGAGUCAGCUGAAUUCGCAGACUCAUCAGCGAGACUCCCUUCAACUGCACCAACACCAGCAGCAGUAUCAUCAUCAGCAACCUCAACACAGAAGGACCGAGUCAUAUUCAACCGAUGUAACGGCUCGUAAUAGUUUACCAGUGCCCUCGUCAAUUCCUCCGCCCUUAAUUUCUUCGCCCUCAGCUCAAUCACCCCGACAACGUUCCCGCAUUCGAACAAACCCAUGGCUUUCGGCCAAUUCUUCUGGCUCCAGUACUGCUACAACAACAACAACAGCAACAACUGGAACAAUUGCAAAUGGUUACAACAAAUCCGGUUUAACCCUUGACGAGACCAGUAGUAGCUCUGGUCUUAAGCUCACUGAGUCUUCCGGAAGUGCCAGCGAUGUGAAUGUUAAUAACCAUAGGAACGGCCACGCCAAGAGGGAGUGCCGACAGGAGAGCCUCAGCGCAGGGCGUAGUCCAAUAAAUCAAAACUGGAGGAUUUCACCAGCGAUGGAUGUUAGAUCAAAGAUAACCGGAUUAUUAAGGCGAGACAGCAGUAGUUCAUCAGAAACAUCAUCAAUGACACAGAGUUUUCGGUCUUCUGAAGAUGACAUUACGCUUAAUGAAAUGAUGGGUAAAUUUGAUGAGAGUUAUAUUUAUGAAAAAGAGACUGACAUAUUGUCAGACAGUGAUCCAACUGAUUGUGAGGAUUAUGUCAAUCAUUCACCGUCGGACAUUGACACUGGCCAGGAUGGCGGCGAUGAAAAUGAUCCACUAGAAAAUGAUGAAUUUGAUUAUAUUGAUAACGGGAGUUUUUUGGAUCUUGAGGAUUUAGAAGCUCAUUUACCCAACACUGGCCACUGUACUUAUUUUACAUUUACAACUGAACUGACACGUCGCAGUACGCGGCUGAGAGAAUCGCUUUUGAAAAGACGAUCUAAAGAUGAAGUUCAACAUCGAUCCGCAAGUAUGAGAAACAAUUCAAAGCGUCAAAGUCUUCGGCACAAAAAAUUCGAUGAUAAGUCUAGUGAGAAGCGUAAAAAACGUCAAUCACAACGUAAAAAAUCCGUAUUAGAAAAAUGCGACGACGCAACAGCAAAUUUAAACAGGGUACUGGUAGAAAGAAUGUUACUAAAAAACUCUGGUUUUAAUCAAGGGAGUCGAAGUGUCGGUGGUACGCCAAUUUGUUUGAGACGUAGAAAGCAUCACGACAUAAAUGAGAAUUUGUCGUCCUUGAGGCAGAAUGAAGAUAACCACCGUAACUUUAUUCAUCCAAGUGUGAUGGAUAAUGACGUGGUAAAGCGCCGCUCAAACUCUGUGAGUUAUGUCAAUGGGAAUAUAUUAAAACAGCAGCGUAUGUCUGGAAAUUCUUAUAUGACAACCUUUGCAUCUGAACUUGCGCUUAUGGAAGCCGAUAGAGAAGCGGAUAGAAAAUAUCGUGAGCUUAUACUUGAAGCUGAAAAUAUUCUUGUAAAUAUGAAAAAUACCAGCAGCACAACAACAACAACUACUGCUACAAAUACUCGAAAUACUUCACCUGUUAUAAUGCCUUCGCCGUCGCGACGUAUUCAUAACGGAUUGGCUAACAAACGGGUUGAAUUAAUUAAAAAUACUGAACUAAAUAUUGAAUUGGCAUUAUUAAAGAGCCGUAAUUCACAACCAGAACUACAGAGCGGAAAUAUACGUGAUAUUGAACACACUAGUCCUAAAAGACAAUUUAAUCAGCCUUGUUCACCAAUCCAUCGUUUUAUGGAACGUAAUUCUGGUAAUUUAAUAAAAGAUAAUUAUCAUUAUCGUCACGAUAAAUGUCCCGAUUCACCGGUUGUCUUACGCCAGAUACCACAACAUUCCCCAUGUCGUAAUUUGGUACAGAAUCGGGUUUUAAUGAUGGAACAAGAGACAAGAGAUAGAUCGAGAUCGCGUGCCAUUGAAUUGAAUGGCAUUAGAUCGUUUAGUCAAGACGGUAGAUUAUCUAAAACUUUUACAAGAGAGCAAGCGUUAUCUCUUGCUCAAAAAACCUCUAGUCUUAUGAUUAAAAAUGAAAUUCCAAGACAAACUAAAGAAGAUACUCUGACAUCAAGUUCUUCAGAGUCAGACGAUCGAUGUGAAUUAAGACGAGCGCCUUUGAUGACAUUCAGAUCUAUUGAUAUGGGACCGGUUAAAGAAAGCACUUACUAUUGUCCUCAAAGUGAACCAGUAAAGAGAAAAGUUUACGCUGGUAGUGCAACAUAUGGAAGAAUACAAAAGACUUUAGGCGAGCAUGUCAUUUUGAGAAAUUCAGAUGGAGAUACUGCGACUGAUGAUACAGAUGAUUCAAGACGGACAUUGAGAGAAAAAAUAGCACAAUUACGACAAGAACGUUUAGCAGCAGAAGCAAAUCUUAGUGCUCAAGACAACCAAAAUUUUCAGCAUCACCUGACGCAGCUACGAAGACAAAUGCUGAUGCACACGAUCGCUGGCCUAAAGCGUAGCCUCGAGGACCAGUCGGCUACUCUAAAGCAGACGUGCCUGCAGGACACGAUCCUCGACGACACGUUGCCUUGAAUCGAUACGAAAAACUUGUCCCUCAAAGUAUUUUCUUUUUUUAUUUUAACUUUUAACAUAAUACCUAAUUGUCUGUAUAGGUACAGAGGGGAUUUUUUUUUUAACAGACACCCUGCAGGGGGACUCACAUAUAUUUUUAUGUCUGUCUACAACUAAACGUGAGGAAGAUUAAAAGAAACGUCAAAGUCAUAUAUGACGUACUAUAUAAAAUAUUUUCAGGGUAUUUUUCCUGGUCGUUUAAACUUUUUACAAAGACGUGUUAUAACAGUCUCGAUGUUUAUUAAUAUACUGAGUAUACAAAUAAUGAAUGGAAUUUAAAAUUCAUUAUCAUCAUCAUCAUCAUACACAGACACAAGUUUUUUAAAUUUAUUUCAAAAUCAAACUUCUUCAUAAUGUUUAUUUUAUUUUUAAUAGAAAUGGGCACAUUUUUUAGUGUAGAUAUAUUUUUUUUAUGGUCAUAUUCAAAUAUAUAUGUGUAUUAUAUAUAGUAAAUAGAUUAAAUUUGCUACGUAUAAAAAAUUUAUACAUUUAAAAUUUAAAAAAUGGCGGUAGUAAUUAUUCUCAAAACAAUACAUCAGUAAUCACUAGUACAUAUAAAGUAGAUAUUUAAAAAUUAUUAUCAAUCAAUAAAUAUCCAAAUAAAUUAUAUUCUUAACAACCUAAUGAAUAUGACCCACUUAGAAGUAUUUAUAUAUUAUUUAAUCUCAUUGCUUUUUUCUAAAGUAAUGAUAAAAAAAAAGACAAUUAUCCAUUACUUGUAUUUAGAGACAGACGUUUACUAUUUAAUUAUUGACGAUUUUUUAUUUCAUUAAAAACAAAUGACCGAGAUUUUUAUUUUUAAAAUAGAUGUUAAAAUAAAACUUCUGUUAUAUUAUUUAUUAUCUCGAAUUGUAUUUAACAAUAAUUUAUAUAACGUACAAUACAUAUGUUAUAUAUUUAUAUUACUUUGUACGUCAUACUGUCAAUACUUUUGAUUACAUUAAAGUAGUCUAGUGACAUAGAUUUUUUAUGUUUGUCAGUAGGACUAACUUUCCCACUUUACCAAAGAUAAUGUAGAAAAUGAACAUAAAAAAAAAAGUCAACUUUGCUUCAUUAGAAAAUGAGGAGAAAAAGAAAAUAUUCUGACAAGUUUAUUAUUAUAGGCGAUUAAUUUCGAUGCCAAAAAUGAUAUUUAUGUUCGUUAUUGUUAAAUUAAUUCAUUUAACUUAAUUAUAGUUGACAGAUUAAAAGCUGAAUGUAAAUAGUCUACUGUGUGACAAGGGAUGAAACAAAACCAUUUCAGACCAGGAUGAAGUUGGCUCUCAUUACCUGCAGUCUGAAAUCGUGUUUCAUUCUGAGUUACUAGAUUUUUCAUGAUUACCUGCAUUGGAACUUAAAUUUUCAUUGUCAGCAGCCAUUCAGAAACAAGUUAAUGUAAGACCUAUGGAAUGUUCAACUAUUAGCGUAAGCGUAAAUUGUGAUUUCCAAUUUAUAAUCAAGCAAAAACUAUUUAUUAUUCAAACUAAUUUUUAUAAAACUUAAUCACAGUCAGAACUGUCAUUUACGUGAACAAAAUUAAUGGUUUGAAAUUACUAUUAAAAAAAUGACAAGUAUCAGAGUUUUAACUGCGAAAGCCUUCAGUCAGCGGACAGAAACAUUAUUUGUUUGUUCCCAGGGGACGAAACAAGUUUAUUUCUGCCCGAUGACUGAAGACAUUCAUAAUUUACGCGUUUGCUAAUAUUCAUUCGCGGCAUUGGACAAAUUAGUUUGUUUCGACUGGCUGUAGACACUGAAAUUUCGAUGCUGGUACAGUCGAGUCGCGUUAUAAGUCCGCCUACGAGGUGUAGGGGAAUAUAAUUCUAAGAAUUCCUGUACCCCACUUAUGUUCAGUAGUAGAUUAUACUUCCCCUACUUUACAAGUGUGUGAGAGCGUACGUGAUUAUUUUCAUAAUCGUGUUAUGAGUCCGCCCGAUUGAUAAGUUCAUAACUAUUAGUCCAUUAAUUUAUAAUUAAUUAUUUAACUAUUUAUUAUAACAAUACAGAUUCUAUGAUUAUUAUAGCAAUAAUAUUUAUUGAAUAUGUUAUUAAAAGUUUUAUUCUGCCGUGCUUAGGAAGAAGGUAGUAACUUCACUUACUGCCUUCUUCCUAAGCACGACAGUAUUUUGUAUUUUCAUUAAAAAAUGACGUUUAAUUCGUCUCACCAACGUUCCGGUCUCAUAUCAAGAAACUGAAAUGAAUUUUUUUUUUUAGUUCAUGGAGGGGGAAUGUCCUCAAGAGAAAUAUGAGUCGAUGGACUUAUAACGAGCGGACUCAUAAAGCGAUUCGGCUGUAUCAUGAAAAAUUCUUUUUUUUUUUUUUCUUUUUAGUAAUAAUUAAUUUUAUUAAAAUGUAUUCAGUGACUGAAUUAAUAGUUUUGCAUGAUGGGUUUUACCCGACCUGAUCUUUGCGAUUAUCUUAAAAGAUCGUCGUUGGAUUUGUUAUUUUGCAAAUUCGAAAAUUUUACAAUUUGUAUGUAUAAAUCCAACGUAUUAACCCGGGUCAAAAUAUCUAGCCUCAAUCUAGCCUCGAUGAGCCUGAAGUGAACCUAGUCUCGACUGUGUAAUUCGAAUUCGAAUUCGAUUAGUAUUAUUUGAGGCCCUUUGAUCACCAUUUGAGGCUCGUUGAAAAUUUUUUAGCAUUAUUUGAGGCUCAUUGAGACUUUUUGAACAUCAUUUGAGGCUCGAAAUGCUUUUUUACUCAGUGAGACUGGAUUGAGGCUAACUUGGGUUCGAUGAGGCUAGAUAUUUCGACCCGGAAAACCAUUUGUUAUUAAUUGAAAAAUAUACCGACGAUACUUCGAUUGACGGUUCAUAAUAAAAAAAAAAAAUUAUUGUAUUCAGUCACGGUGAUAUUUUUGUGAGAAUAGACUGAUAGUAGUAUGAUUAGAUUUAAUUAAUUAAUUAAUUAUUAGUAUUAGUAAUUAGAAAUUUUUAUGUGAUUUACGUUGGAAUAUUUUCGUUAAAAACGAAAUCAUUAUAAAUUAAUCGUAAAAUGCAAUAUUUAUUUAAAAUUUAAAUACUAGAAAAUAGUAAUUACGUAGUUUAUAUUUAGGAAAAUCAUAGAAUUUAGAUAUUAACUAUUUAUUAUAGUUAUAGUACUAGUAUUAGAUAAAUUAUUAUUUAUUUAUUAAUGUAUUUUUUAUCAAGUUUUUAUUUUCGAGAAAGUUGUCAGUUGAAUUUAUAAUGAAAAUUAUUUUAACAUUUUUU